AUGAGUUCCUAUUUUGUCAACUCCUCUUUCCCGGUGACGCUACCGGGAACGGGUGGAGGAGGACAGGCAACGGCGGAGUCGUUCCUGGGUCAGAUCCCGCUCUAUUCUACGGGAUACGCCGCCGACCACCCGCUCAGACACUACCCGGGUGCAGCAGCUGUUACCGCUGCAGCAGCCGUGGCGUACGGUGCGAGCGGCGUGCACCAGGACAAACCGUAUACGGCGUCCGCCUACUAUCAGCAGGCGGCCAACGGAGCUUACGGCGGGCACCGGGCGGCAGCAGUAGCGGCAGGGGUCGGUGUAGGGGGCGCGACCGGAGCCGGUGCCUGCGACUAUGCCACAGCGGCGGCUGCAGCGGCGGCUGCGGCUGCUGCCACGAGCUUCUACCGGGACAAGGAUCACCCGUGUAGUCUGGAGGAACACCAUCUCGCACUCAGUCAGGACGGCGUGCACCGUAAAGCGGAGUGCGCGGGGCUGAGUGGGAAGGGGCUGUUCGGUGAAACGAUGGACGACAAGUCAUCAGCCCCCAUUUAUCCGUGGAUGCAGCGGAUGAACGCGUGCAACGGGACCUUCGGAAGCCCCGGGAGGCGCGGCCGCCAGACGUACACGCGCUACCAAACGCUCGAGCUGGAGAAGGAGUUCCACUUCAACCGGUACCUCACGCGGCGGCGGCGGAUCGAGAUCGCGCACGCGCUCUGUCUAACGGAACGGCAGAUUAAGAUCUGGUUCCAGAACCGGAGGAUGAAAUGGAAGAAGGAAAACAAGCUCAUCAAUUCGUCUUCUUCCUCUUCUUCUUCUUCCUCUACGGUGAACGGGGGAGAGGAAGAGGAGAAACGGACGGAGUGAUAGAUGAGCCAAACAAAAAAAAAAAGAAGUAAUAAACUGAUUUAAGACACUUAAAGGAAGGAGAGGAGGAUGGAAGAAAAAGACAUGCUGGUUAAUCCCUUCCCCUCCCCGUCUCAAAGUUCUAUCAGACGUUUGUCUGGUGUGAAAACUCUGGGAAAGUAGCCUACAUUUAACUAUAUGUUCUUUUAUUUUUAUACCUGAGCAGAGGUGAAACAUGUACUAGAGAAGGAAGAGGAUUUUUUAA